UGUUUAUAUAUACGAAGAAAUUUAAUAGACAAGACGAAACUUGAACAAAAAUUGGAGCCAAAAAAUCUUAUUUUUAUGCUAUAUAUUUAUUCACUCAGUCUUUUGACACCCAAGGAAGGAAAAUAGCAAGCUUUUAGGGAGAUAUAGCUUUAAACAAAAGUGAAAGAAACUUUCGAAAGUAAUUUUUUAAUAAGGAUUUCACUACGUAUGUGACAAAACCGAAGGAGUCAUGAUUUUCAGUAGAAAUGACAGAGUACAGAGAUGCUGAUUAUCAAAGGUUGAGACCAUAUCCUACAGAACUAACUGACCGAGUCUCAGGAUCCUUUGAAAACAUGAAUUUUAUCAGUACGAGGGUUGGAUCUCGUGGAUCGAGGCAUCUUGCUCGUUCGUUUAAUUUAAACACUGAUGAGGAAUUGAGUGAACCUCGACCACUUGGGAGAGAGAAUCCUGUACAUUAUGGAUCUCGUGGAUCAAGGCAUCUUGCUCGUUCGAUUAAUGCAAACACAAACAUUGAAGACGAUGUGAAUGAACGUCUUCUUAAUGACAGAGACAGUUCUGUACAUUAUGAUUCGAUCUAUGAUUCUGAAGAAUACGGCAGCCAAAGGAAUGGAAUUGCAUUCAUGAGGAAACGGCUGAAAGCUCAUUUUAUGAAUCCUUAUGAGAAGUUUAAGAAGAGAGGAAGGAAACCUUGGAAAUUGUUUAUUCAAAUGCUCAAGAUUUUCUUAGUUACAGCCCAGGUUGUUAUCUUUGGACAAGAACUAUUCUCAGUUGUUACGUACAUGGAAAACAGCUUGAAUACCUUCAAACAUCUUUUCAUUUUGGAUUAUUCAGAUGAUGGAGUUUUUAUCUUCACAAAGGAACAUUACUAUAAGCAAGUCCAACAUACAGUCUUUCAGUAUUAUACCAUCCGACAGACACCAGUUGGUAUUUAUAUCCCAACCAUACAGUCUGACAAUCUUUCUCGCCCUCUUCAACUCUGCAAGUAUGAAUAUCAAGAGGGCUUCAUUGAUCCUGGCAAUCACACUUAUAUAUUUAAUCGAAACACAAACUGGCUAUGUCAAAAGUUAUUGCCACCAAUUCAUAGUGAUGCAAAUCUUACAAGCUUCCGUAUCAGGAAUAACAUUACACAGGACUUUGAUAGGUCUAUUAAAAUCUCUAUCACGGCUGCGGGAAUUAGGUCUCUUCAUCUCAAAGAUGACCCAGAAUGCUAUGAGUUCAACAUUACUAUAACAUUUGACAAUUCCAACCAUGAUGGAAAAAUACCAGUGGAUUUAAUAGCUCAAGCCAGCAAGUGCAAGAAUACUGGCUUUCAAGAUGAUGAUAUUGCUGUAAGAAAUGUCUAUGUUGCUGUCGAUGCAGCAGUAAUCUUGGUUUGUAUUGGCUCCCUUGCACUUUGCAUCAGAUCUCUGGGCAAGCACUUCAAGCUGGUGAAGGCAACAAGACGAUUCUUCAGGCAGGAGUUACACGACCACCUCUCGUACUGGGACUGUCUAGACCUGAUCAACUUGUGGUUCAUUCUGAUAGUUAUUAGUGACACUUGCACUAUUCUUGGGUCAAUCUUCAAGAUUCUUAUUGACUCCAAAAAACAACAAAUGACAACAGUUCUUUCUAUGUACAAUACCUGCAGUAUAUUCCUUGGCACUGGGGUACUCUUUACCUGGAUUGGUGUGCUAAGAUACCUUGGAUACAUGAAAAAGUAUAAUAUUCUGUUAGUAACCUUACGAGCAUCAGGACCCAGUGUGCUUCGUUUUUGUGUCUGUGCAGCUUUGCUUUACUUUGGUUUUAUGUUCUGUGGUUGGAUUGUGCUUGGACCAUACCACCCUAAGUUCCGUAACCUGUCAACAGUAUCAGAAUGUCUCUUCUCAUUGAUCAAUGGAGAUGAUAUGUAUAUGACGUACAGCGAGAUGCAGAAACGUAACAUUUAUAUCUGGGUAUUCAGCAAGAUCUACCUCUAUGUUUUCAUCUCUCUGUUCAUAUAUGUAGUCCUCAGUUUGUUUAUUGGUAUUAUCAGCGACACUUACGAGAGAAUCAAGGACUGGGGCCAUCCACCCUGUACAAAGAUUCAAAGGUUCGUCCACGGUCCAAACUGUCAGCGGUGUGCUGAAGAAUACAGAGAUGACGAAAAUGAUGGAAACCGGUGUGGAAGCACUGUGGAACAGAUUGAUGAUUGACAAGCAAACUGAUGGUGACUGCUGACCAUACUGGUCUUGAUGUCACUACUCCUUGGCCAUUCUCCACCAGAACAGAUCGAUGUUGGACUGAAGCAAAUCGUUCAUUUUGAAGGAAUGAGUGCAAUUUAAGCAAAAGGAUGAGCCGAGAAAAACUUUAUGAACACAAUUAAUAUUUUACAGAGCGGUAAGAGGUGCUAUACACGAAGGUAGAUUGAUCCUGGUGCUAAAGAAGGACUAGUCUUUUUUUUUCAUUCCCCAGGGUGCUCCAAAAAGACGUACUACGUCCUAUAGCGGUAGGAUCGCCCUAUAUCUUCAUGCAAAAGGUCUUUGAUUUUCAAAAUAGAUGUAGUACACUUUCCAUAAAAAUGAAAUGAUUUUAUUUGAAUCAAUUAUCCGCAAGACGUCUUUCCAUAAAACCUUAUUCAUAGAAAACUAUAUAUAUGCUGCGACUGAAUACUGAUCAAAAACUAUGUAAAACCAUGAUACUUUUACUAAUUAUAUUUUGAUCGACCCUUCUAGCUGAAAGCCAAUUGGGCUCAAAAACUUUUGACAUUUAUCUUAAAGAGUACUAAAUUUUCAGGGGGGAGUUGUUUCACGGUUUUGCGUGGAAAAUGAUGUGCCCUCUAAAUUAGGCUACUAAAAGUGUACAGAUUGUACAAGGAAGUUGUUAAGAAUGCUUCUCUCGGCCACACCCCUCACAUGAAUAAUGAAUGGAGUCUUUUAAAGUGGCUUCAAGUAUAAAUAAUGCAUUAUACCACAUUAUAUUUUUAUUUGAUAUUUUCAAAAAUUAAAUAAAAUUCAAAUCAGA